AUGCGACCCCUAUUUUGCAACAAUCGCCAUCUAGGAAAAGGACCUCAUUUACCAGAUAGACGCCACGUCUUACAGAAUCACAGCCACCACAUCUACACCAGCUACAAGACAAGAUGGAAAUUCCCCGAGGUAAACACGCAUUUAACUCAUCGAUAUGGCGUACACAAUGAACUACAGUUCCAAAUGAAGGGCAGACAUCAGAACGGGAUAUGGAUGUCGUCGUCUCUGUUCGCCGUAUGGACAAUAGUAGGAGCAGACUAUAUACAGUCGAUAUCUACUAUGUUAGAUGGGUGUAAAGCGGAGCACUGUGCUGAAGAUAGGAAGAUCGUCGCUGCUUUCACGGAAAUUGUUCAUACGUGUCCUGACAUUAGUCACCCAGCAGCUUAUUCUGAUCCCCACCGAGUUAUUGAUAACUCCGGUGUCCUUAAUUCAGGACCAAACAAGGAUCUAGCUAUCCUUAGAUACUUAGACAAUAGAAGAUUCGUGGUCUGUAAGGUAGAAUCUCUCCCCCUUUUAAUAGUCGGAGAUGAAUGGAAGUUAGCGGUUUCCAUCACAUUUUAUGUGAAGGAUCUGUGUCAUGAAACAUCACUCGCUUCAUAG